AUGGAUGUACUGCAGACGCUCUGUUUAUCUGAAGGAAUUACAAAUAACAGUGGCAACGAUAGUGGUUUAGACUGCAGCUUGGAAAGCUUAGGUUUUAUUGGCACGAGCGCGAGUUUGAUUGCAAUGUCUGGUGCCGCUGCCGAUGCGAAUUUCACACUUCCACCAGACAAUCUGUUGGAUUUCGAAUUUGACCCACUCGAGCGUGUUGUUUCCGCCAUUGUGCCGGCGUUUUUCGGCAUUAUCGGUGUGGCAGGUCUACUGGGCAAUGUAUUGGUCAUAUUCGUUGUUGUUGCUAAUCAACAAAUGCGCUCCACUACCAACCUGCUCAUCAUCAAUCUCGCCGUCUCCGAUAUUCUGUUUGUCGUCUUUUGUGUCCCCUUCACCGCUGCGGAUUAUGUGCUGCCCACCUGGCCGUUUGGGAAACUGUGGUGCAAGUUCGUGCAGUAUAUGAUUGUGGUCACCUGUCAUUGCAGCGUCUACACGCUGGUCUUGAUGUCAUUCGAUCGCUUUUUGGCUGUCGUUCACCCGGUGACGAGUAUGUCAUUGCGCACGGAACGCAAUGCGAUGCUCGCCAUCUUCUGUGCUUGGAUACUCAUCCUCUCCUCAGCCGUACCAGUGGCUUUGGCGCAUUCAGUCCGUCUUUACUACUUCAAAGGACGUAGUUACACAGCUUGCGUUUUCUCCACCGAGGAGGAGGGUUGGAGUCUAAUCGGAUUCCAGAUCUCUUUCUUCAUGUCUUCAUACGUAGCGCCUUUAACAUUGAUAUCCUUCCUUUAUAUGGGUAUGUUGGCCCGUCUUUGGAGAGCCGCACCGGGUUGCAAGCCGUCCGAAGAGUCCAGAAAAGGUAAACGACGUGUAACGCGCAUGGUUGUUGUUGUGGUCCUGGCAUUCGCAAUAUGUUGGCUGCCAAUACAUCUCAUACUCGUCAUGAAAGCUUUGACUUGGUAUCCCGGUACACAUGCUUCAGUCAUUGUGCAAAUCAUCUCACAUGUCUUGGCAUACACGAACUCCUGCAUCAACCCGAUUUUGUAUGCCUUCCUCUCUGAUAAUUUUCGGAAGGCCUUUAGGAAGGUCGUCGGCUGUGGCAAUCAACCGCUCUUUCCAAUGUCACAUCAAGCCACAAAAACAACACGCACCACCGGCAAUGUCACAUCAAAUGCUGAAAUGCUGUAA